AUGUCGGAUCAAGAAGCAGAUUAAAUUAUCAAAGUUGUCCCAGAGCAUUUUUACUACUAGAGGAAAGUUCAUAACCACAACUAGCAAGUGAUAGCAGUGAUAAACAAUAAAAAGUUCAGAGGAACAUAGUACAGAAAAAAUGUUCAGCAAGAUAUCGAUAGUCUGGAAAGGAAUGUCUAUCCUUAGAAUUUAGUUGGACUGAGAAUUGAACACUUUGUCAAUUCACAUGAUUUGAAAAAUCUCACAGGUGAUGAAAAAAGCCACAUCCUACUUGAACCUUUAAGUUUUAAUCCUAUGAUAGGAGAGAUAGUAAACAAUGAGAAGCUGAAGGUAAAAGAAAUUAUGAAGAACUAUGAAUUAGUCUAGAGGUAUAAAUUGAGAAGCAAAAGUGUAGUGACUAAAAAAUUAUCUGCUUUGAAACAAAGAGCAUGCAAUCCGAUAUCUUGGGCAUAUAACAAAAUGACUGGAGGCUAACCAACUAAUGCCCAAGCUGUAUUUGCUUAAAUUGAAAACCCUGAUCUGGUCUACCAAAACUCAACCAUCAAGUGCUAUACUUUAGACUUUAGUGGGACUUUGAUGGCUGCAGUUGGGUAUAAUGACUGUAUUCACUUCAUUAACAUAAGCACUUAAAAGUUACUUAAUCAACAGAGAUUAUUUAACAGAAGGCAAUACUAAGCAAGAGGAAUAAUGUUUAGUCCUACUAUGCCUGAGAUUCUGGUAAUUUGGGGAAAGUGUGGCCUAGUUGUUUGGAACCUCUAAGAACAAUAAGGCAGACAUAAACAUGGAAGGGAAACAAAAUCGAAGUUUAGGCCAUUAUUUGCAAAGGAACAUGAUUAUCUAUCUGUUACUUUUUCUAACUCUGGGAAAUUUAUGGCAUGCAUUUUUCUUGAAAACACUAUACCAGCUAUUGAAAUGUAUAACCUCAAUAGGAGUGAAUCAUAUGACAAGCCAGUAAGAUUUCCUCUUGCUAUAAGCUUAUACCCAGCCUAUGCAGCAUUUAGCCCACAAGAUAGAUACUUGCUUAUAUCAGAGGUACCUAGAGGCAAGGUUAACAAUGUGAGAAUUUAUGAUACUAAGACUGACAAGGUGGAGACUUGGAACCUGGUUUUUGAAAAUGAGAAUUAAGUUGUGAGAUAGGCUUUAUGGAGCCACGAUGAGGUAUUCAUGUUUCUUCAUGCCUCUUAAACAAAUGUUCUUUAAACAUUCAUGCUGAAUAAAGCAACAAGAUCUUAAAGCUCAAAGGAAGAUGAACUUAUUGGAUACGACAUAUCUUAUUCAGAAAUCUUUAUCAAAGAUCAUUUUGUCAGUUUCUAUAAGACUUUCUUAAAGUUAUAGACCCCGAUUUAUCAAAAGAGGCCAGAAUCAUUUAAUUUUGAUCUUCCUAAAAAGGAAUAUCAAAUUACUUAAAUGACUUGCUCAGUUAACAAGGUCCUUCUCAUGUUGUAUGAGAGUGUUAAAUCACAAGGAAAGGAUGGCUCAAAAUCUAUUAAUGAAUAUCUUCCAUAAAUUGAAAACAGAAUCAUGGUUUUAUUUAAAUGGAAGGCCACUCAUGUCCCAGAAAUAGUGAUAUAAUUCGAUUUGAUUUGUAAGAUUGACACUUUGCUUGAUUGCAUCCCUAAAUGUAUUGAUAUAAGAUUUAAUAGGAUCAUUAUUAGCAAGGAAUCUGAUAGAUUUUUAGGAAGAGAGAUUUUUGAUAAAGAUAAGCAUAAGAUGGAAUUGCUUUUGAGUUAUGUUGACGAUUUUAGAGAUAAUUAUAAUGUUGUAUUUGUUAAAAUUUGA